AAAUUCUAACCGUAAAAUUUUAAAAUUGUUGGGUUUUGAGUUACUGUGCCGUAUUCUGUGUCAUUUUUUGUGCCAUUUCGUGUCACUUCGUAUUAAAUUAAAAUUUCGACGUGUCAUUUUCGUUGAUUAUUUUAAAACCGAUCAAUCAUAGUCGCCUAUAACGACAACAAAACAAAAUCGAAAAUGUCACAAUUUGACGUUUGUUCUAAUUUUCCUUAAUGUUUAAUGAUUGAAAUAAAGUUGUUUUUGUACAAUGGAGGGUAAUUCGGCCAAUCGGGAGUUGGACCCCCAUGAGGGCUCCGGUAGUAGCAGCUUGACGCUGUCUCUGACCCCGCCUUUGUCCGAUAAGAACGAGACAAGCACGAUAUCUGAGCACUUCUCGAGCAUAGAAAACGACCGUUCGAUGCAAGAACUGGAAGUGAGCAAUUUACCUGAAAUUUACCCCCUAGUAUUGGAUUUGCCAUCAGAUGAAAGGAUCUCGCAAGAACCGAAACCGCCAUCGCUUAGUGAUAGUUUUACCAGUAGUUUUGUUAGUUUAACCGGUUUAGAACGUUUCAUUAGUAGAAAUAUGGAAGGUAGAAACCACGCUCAAAGUAUUUUAGAAGAAAUCCUCAGCAACGACCAAUUCAAGUCCGAUUCGGAGUCGCGGGACGAAAGCUUGAACAUCUUCGCGAACGUGGACCUCGACGACAAGCUUCUAAACAGCUACAACGCCGGCAAAAGCGUCAAUUUCAACCUCACGAGUCUGCGAAACGACAGUUUUGACGAGGUGUGCAAACGAGUCAAGGAUUUCGAGGAGUUGAUUGCUGUUAAAGACACCACAAUCGCGGCUUUGACCUCCGAACUCGACUCCUUUCGCGAGUUGUUGAGUAAUACGUCGAGUCUGGGGACCACCACGACUGAAUACAAGCAGUUUCAAGACGAAUGCCAUAGUAAAUUAAUCGAGUAUCACAACGCAAUCGUCCACAAAGACGAACAAAUCGAAAAAUUGACGAAUUCGCUCCAACAAUCGAUCCUAAAUCGCGAAGAAAUGAAACAACAGUUUAAGAACGAAAUUGCACAGUUGCAAGAACAGCUCGCGAAAACAUCGAAUUUGCUCAAGGAACACAAAAAAGGCUUCGAUUUCGAUGAGAUUUGCUCAAAGUUUGAGGCGAAUUUAGGGCCCUCACAAGUGGGGUUAUUCCACGAGGUGAAGGUCGCGUUUAGUAACUAUGUUGAGAUGAGUAAAAGGACGCUCGAGAAUGAAAUCAGUAAUUUGAAGACCAAGUUUAGUUCGGAUAAGGUCCAGUGUGAGAGUGAAAUUGAGGGUCUCAAAAUCGCGCUAGAUGCCAAACAUUCGAAGGAAAUGGAGGAGUUGAGGACCUACUUCGAGAAGAAAUGCGCCGAUUUGGAGAAAAAUUACUCGGAGGAGGUUUUCAGUCAGCAGAGUCGCAAAAUGUCCGAAUCGAGUUCGUGUUCCGAGGCCGAACUCAGUUCGGAUUUUGUCGGUCCUGGGGGCGACACGAAAAUCGACUAUUCGAGGAAAGACUUGUCUAAAUUACGCCACAGUUUGGUUCAGUUGACUCAAAUUUUUGAUCAGUUUAAUUUGGAAGAACUCUCGGAGGGCGAUUUCGAGCUCCUCAAGUCCGAAAUCGGCAAAUUUGAGCUUCGCAACUUGUUGAAAUUUGAUUUAAGUUUGAUAAAAAAUGAGCUUCAGAAUAAAUAUCACGCCGAGUUGGAGAUACUUAGAGAGGAUUUCGAUAAUCGUGUUGAUGUUUUAAACGUUGAACAUGAGAAGAAGUUGAAGAGUCUCAAUGACGAAAUCGAUGAUCUUAAUCAACAGUUGAGGGGGCGAAUUGUUACAACGACUCAACAGGAAGUUGCMAAUUCGGGCGAGUUUGAGAUUGACGAAGUGGUGCAAAGCUAUGAGCGACGGUUGCAAGAACAAGUCACUCUAGCUAAAAUCGACAUCAUUGCUGCGUUAGAAAUGCAGAUACAGCGUCUUGUCGCCAGCGACUCCCUCGACGAGGAGUGGCCCGAGGAGCUCCUCCAGCUGAAGUCGCGCUUUGCCGAGAAAUACCAGCGCGAAAUCGCCCUCCUCAAUCAGCAACACCUGGAGGAAAUCGCUCGUUUGAAGGAGGAACACGUGAGGAACCUCAACGGAGCUUUAGAGCGCGCACGUAGACGCAGUCUUCGCGACGCGGACAGUUUGAGUAAAGGCGAACUCGAAUUACUCAAAGAACGCGAUUUACUCAAAAAACAAACGCUAGCAUUGCGUAAUCUACUCGGGGAAUUGAUUAAAUAUUUUACUCAAUGUGAGGAUGAGCUCAAUAAUACUUUGGUUGAGGAACUCAUGACGAAAAAUUUUACACAAAUUGAGAAGGAAUUGGACUCGUUUGAGAACACUAGUGGGGUGAAAAGGGUGCAUUUGACCCCGAAUUUUAACGAUUUGAUUGAUUUAAUUGAUAAUUCGCCUGAUAAGGAUUUGGAAUCGAUUGAUUUGAAGAGUGAGCUAGGGUCGUGUUUAGAAAAAUUGAAAGCCGAUGCUAAUGCCAUCUUGCAAUUGAGUACGAGUUUCAGGAGUGAGGAAAUUGAGGUUCCGAGACGGAAAAGUGACGAAAUGACUUCGUUGACUCGAAAAUUGAUAAARGAGACUCAGAUUAAAAACGAAUUGGUUGAGCAAUUAUCAGAGGCUAGAAGUAUAGUUCAGUCGCUUGAGACCGACAGGGGGGCUCUUGAAGGUCAACUUGAACAACUCCUCGAACGUCAGAAAAUCCUCGAAUGUGAUUUACUAACAGCGCGUGAUAAAAUCGCCGAAUUGAUCGAAAACGGUCACAAAGAAAUUGUUUCCGAAGGUUAUGGUGAAGAUGGGGAUCGUGGGGUUAGAGGUUUAGCCGAAGCAGUGGCAGCACUGAGGGUCCUCCAGGAUGAGGCAAGGGUUUUGGUGGAAAAUCGGGGUCAAGUGGACCAAAAUGUGACGCGAUUGGUGGAAGGGUUGGCGAGAGUUGGGGAUAAAAUAGUGGAGGAGGCGAGGAGGGAACGGGAGGAUUUGAAACAGCAGAUCGAGGCCGCCGACAAGAAAUACAAAAUAACUUGUCAGUUUUUGGAGGAUCAAGCCGCCGAACGCGAACAAGAGCGUGACGAUGCCCAGAAGGAAAUCGAUGCGUUAAAAGACCAUUUACGAGAGAGGGAAAAGGAUAAAGUCACCUAUGAACGUUACACGAGCGAGGUCGAACAUCUGGAACAACAACUACGUGAUAUGUCAAAGCUAGUCGAAGUCGGCGAGAAGAAAGUGAAAGAGGUUGAAGGCGAAAGAGAGGAAGCCGUGGAGAAAAUCUACGAAUUGAGGGACAUUAUCCGAGAUUUGGAGGAACAAGUCAAAGUGAAAACCUCAACCGAGGAGGAAUUGAGGAGUAUAGUGAGCGAAUUGGAGGUGAUUGUGAAACAACAAGACACUGACGAGAAAACUAAAGACGUUUCGGAUGUGAGAGAGUUUCAUCAGUACGUCGGCGAUUUAGAAAAUGAAGUUCAAAGGUUAAGAUUGACCAGUGAAAUAGCCGGCAGUGAGGGGGCCUUAAAACAAAUCAAAAAUCAAUUGUGCGACUUUGAAACUACGCUAGAUAAAAGAACGAAGGAUCUAGAAGGCCUACAUUCGACGAUUUCAACAACGUGUAGUUCCCCGAGUGAGGAUAUGUCAAUUCAGGAACGUUCAAUUUACGACGAAUGCGAAAUCCCCCUUCAACAGUUGGCAAGACUGAAAGAAAAAUUAUUGAGGCAUUCGCGAGCCGAAGAUGCCGCUGUUAAACGAAUCCGAGACCUUGAGAUGCAAAUUGUUUCCCUUAAAAACGACUUGGAGGAAUCGCAAACUGAACGUGAAAUUUUGAAAAAACAAAUGUCGGAUCAUUUAGUCUUAAUUUCGAAUUUGCAAAUUCGUCUCGACGAGCAACGAAUCCGUGCUGAACACAUCGAAAAACAAACAAAUACGUCAUUGGAGGUCCAAAAUUACGAUUUGAAAAAUACCAUCGCCAGUUUGGAGGAGAAAAUCGCCAAACGGGACAAAACAAUAGCGCAAUUAAAAUCCAGUAUUGAGGAAACAAAGAAACGAUUAGAAGAGCGUGAGAAAGAGGACGAAAUCGUGGUGCGAAUGCAAGAACAAGUGGAGUUUUUGAGGUCGGAAAAUUCGAAAUUGAGGGAGAAUUUUGAGGAAACUAGUCAAAAAUUCCAACUGUAUCAUUCGUUAAAUUUGGAUGAGAAAGAAGUCGAAUCUUUGAAUCGUAUGCUUUUGUCGGGUGUUUCAAUUCACGAAUUGGAGAAUUUCGAACAGUGUCGGCGCCAAAAGAACGAUACGCUUCCUUUAUCACCGAUUCCGGGCCGGAAAAGUGAUAAGACGAUCCUUGAAAGUACAAAUUUCAUGUCCCUACAACCGACCCUGCAACCUAAAGCUAAUUCAACCGAAAAACAUGUCCGUUUUGAGGAUGAGAUUGAAGUUGCAAAUUUGAGGAGUGAAUUGGAGGAGAAAAAUGAUAAAAUCAGAGACUACGAACAGAGAUUGGAGCAAUUGAAACAACUAGAAGCCAAAAUUGAGUUUCUGCAAGGGAAACUCGACGAAACGGAAGAUAAUUUGCAGAAAGCGACUCAAUUAUUCGAGAAACAUGAGGAUAAAAUAAAAUCGCUUGAGGAAGAUAGGAAGAAAAAUGAGGAUGCAAUUAAAUCGCUUGAGGAAGAGAGGAAGGCAAAUGAGGAUAAAAUAAAAUUGUUUGAGGAGGAGAGAAAGAAAAACGAGGAAGAAAUUACGAGAUUCAAGACAGAGUUACAGGAGUGUAAUAAGCGGCUCGAGUCACGUGACAAGGAACUGAAAACUUUGUAUAAAGUCAACAACGAAUUGAAAAAUAGUGUGAAGAUUAAAGAGAGCGAAAUUGAGGGUUUUGAGGCCGAAAUUCCGCUUUUGAGGAAGCGAAAUGAGGAGAUUGGUGACGAGUUACGUCACUUACAACAUCUCCUGUUAGAGAAAGAGAAAAUAAUUGAGCACAUGGAGGCCGAUAGUAAAAGUCUUCAUACGAAUUUGGAAACAAUACAGAAUAAAUUACAGGAGACUGGAAACGUGGUUGAUCUCAGUCGGCGUUUGCGUGAAGAACAAAAGAAAAACGCUGAGUUGUUUGAAGAGUUGCAUACACUCAAAGCCCAACUUUUGAGUGUCGAUAAAAAGUCAAUUGAGGACAUUACGAGUCAAAUUGAACGCGAAUUGAACUAUUCGGCCUAUUUGGAUGCGAAUUUAUUGAAUGCGGUCAGUGAUGGGUCACUCGAGAGUGAAGAUAUCGAGGGUUUGAAACUACUGUUGAAAAAACAGAAAUCUGUAAAUAGACAAUUGGUGAAAGCCCGCGAAUCGGUUGAGAAGAAAUUUGAGAUAUUAGAGCGCAAAUAUGAGAAUUUGAAAAAGGAGUUGGAGAGGGUCCAAUAUGAGGAUGCGGUUUUAAUCGGCCAAUUGAGGACGAAAUUGAGUGYAACGUUGGAUAUUGAAGAGAAGUUGAGAGUUGGUGAAGUUGAGYCAAAGUCUUUGCCMUAUAGUCAAGARGAGYCGUUGAAACGCGAAUUGAGGGAUUUGAGGGAAAGUAAAAAGUARGAAUUYGGGGUGAAAAYCGAGAAAAUAAUCGAAUUYGAGUCGCAAAUAUCGGGCUUUGAGCACAAUGAYCGACUUUUGAGGGACAGUUUGGAGAAAUUGAGGGUGGAUUUGGAGGGGAAAGUUAACGAAUUGGGGGCUUCUAAAGUGCUACAAGAGCAAAAUAAYGCCGAAAUUCGRAAAUUGAAACGCUUYUUGGAAUUYAAGCCCAAAUCGAGUGAUUUAGUCCCGGAUCAAAUUAUGGAAAAAAUCAAAGAYUUGAAUAAUGUGGCUAYYGAUAAUAAYCAAAUGAUUGACUUAAUUGCGCGUUUAAAUAACGAAAAAAUYGUCUUGGAGGAGAGGAUAAUMGCGUUGGAGGAACAUAAUAAUUAUUUGCCYUUUGAUGACCCCUCAGAACGCGCAAAUUACCUUUUUGCCAAAUAUUUAAGGUCGGAGAGUUACCGUAAAGCGUUGGUGUGGCAGAAAAAAUAUCUUAUAUCACUCAUUGAAACGGUUUAUGUCGCUCCACUUGAACCCCCAAUCCCCACAAAACGCUCAAAGUUCAAACAUGUGGGUAUCAUGGUGGUUGCGAUUUGUCGUAUGAAAUAUUUGGUUAAACGUUGGCAUUCGGGUAAGCGAAUCGUUCGGAAAAAAAACACGWCUCGUGAACCGGUCCAUUUCCAAGUUGGCCAACCUGUCUCGAGUCAGAAUUUCGUCCCUAGUGCCUUAAACCAACCCAAAACUGAUAUGCCAUGGGUUGGYACGUCGCCGCCGACGAAAGAGUCGCACGUUUUGAGGGUUCAGAGGAUUGCGACAAGGGAUGCGUUGAGUAGUCCAGAGCUCUUGUCCAAAUACGUGGAACGGUUCAACCAAAUUCAGGACAAGUUAGGGUUGGAUACUCAGUGAUUGGUUGUGUCUUUAACGAAGUCUAGUCAUUGAUUUAGCCGAAUGACAUUGUGCCUUGCCGAAGUGAGAUGUAUUUUAAGUGUAAAGUAAAGUUAGGUUUAAGCGAAUUUUUUGCACAUUAAACGAUUUUGAGAAUUA